GGUAAAAUUGCAGCUGCAGUUUGUACCGAUCAUAAAAAUGGCGGCUAAGAAGCGAAGCAGCCGAAUUAGUUCCAGCUCGAGCUCCAGCUCAAGCCACCGAUCCGAAGCAUUCAAGCCUUCAUCGCCCGACUCAGUAAAAUCUCAGACGAAUCGCCAUCGUUGGCUCAUCACCAUCUUCUUCACUCUGUUCUUCAUAAUUUCAUUACUAAUUUACUGUCAAAGAUACUACUACUACUACACUGCUACCACUGUUGUUGUUGAUGUUGAGAAGCCCUAUGUUUACCAGCGUGGACUUGUUAAAGUCGAUUCGACUUACCGUGAAGUAAUCGAUGAGAAUUUGAAUGUUUCGGAAAAUAUUAGUCAGAGGCAUUUUGGGAAUCCUGUUCUGGCCUAUAUUACUCCGUGGAAUUCAAAAGGCUAUGACGUGGCAAAGAAGUUCAGUUCUAAAAUUACGCAUUUGUCACCUGUUUGGUAUGAACUGAAGAAUGAAGGAAGUAAAUUAGUUCUGCAUGGAAGACAUAAUGCUGAUAGAGGAUGGAUUUCAGACAUUCGAAUGAAAGGAAAUGCUCUGAUUUUACCUAGAGUUGUCCUGGAGGCGAUUCCUCUGGACUUGCUUAAGAAGAAGAAGCUUAGAGAGAAAGCAAUCAACCUUAUCAUAAUGGAGUGCAAGGAAAUGGAGUAUGAUGGUAUUGUACUUGAGUCCUGGUCAAGAUGGGUAGCUUAUGGCAUCUUGCAUAAUUCAGAUAUGAGAAAUCUGGCAUUGCAAUUUAUAAAGCAACUUGGAGAAGCUAUGCAUUCUGUGCACUUAGAAAGGAAUGGCAAGACAAAUCUGCAGUUAGUUUAUGUGAUAGGCCCACCGAGUACAGAUAAGCUGCAAGAGCAUGACUUUGGACCAGAAGAUUUACAAGCCCUUUAUGAUGCUGUAGAUGGUUUCUCUCUCAUGACUUAUGACCAUUCAAGUCCUUAUAAUCCGGGUCCCAAUGCACCUCUUAAGUGGAUACGCUCCACCUUGCAUCUUCUUGUGGGUGCUGGCAGCAAAAGUAGGAGAUUGGGUGAAAAAAUCUUUGUCGGGAUCAACUUCUAUGGCAACGAUUUUGUCAUGUCUGGAGGUUUAGGCGGGGGACCUAUCAUAGCACAUGAGUAUCUCUCUUUGCUGGAGCAGCACAAGCCUUUAUUUCAGUGGGAGGGGAAUAGCGCUGAACAUUUCUUCUUGUACUCUGACAAUCAGCAUGUCCAGCAUGCUGUAUUCUACCCAACGCUCAUGUCACUUGCAAUGCGACUUGAGGAAGCUCGUUCAUGGGGCGCAGGCAUAUCAAUUUGGGAAAUUGGUCAAGGUUUGGAGUACUUUUUUGAUAUUUUGUAGUGUUUUUAUCUUCACUUGGUGUCGGUGCCUAGUCUUACAUUCCAUUUGUUUGAUUAAAUAGUCGAAAGAGACUAUGUUGCUACAGUUGUCAUGGAUUAGUUUUUGAAUCUAGAAUGCGGCUCUAUGCUACCAUUUUCACUUCGCUUGCGGUUU